ACCAUGGAGAACUCAGUGGUUCCUUGCGUCCUUUACCCAGGUGACAACAAUGCCAGCGGGUCAAAGCCCGGGGAAGGCACCGAGUCCCUAGCACAAACACCCUGCAGUUUCAGCUCUUCCCUGUGUUUCAGCUCCGGGGACGACUCUCCACCGCAGUCUUGUGCAACGGCGUCUUCCGCGGCGGAGGACCCGGCAGCCUCUCCUUCCUCUCUCAGCGGAAGCCGGGUGGUGAAGAGUCAGUGGGAACUCUACAGUUCCAGUGCCACGUCCGAAGAGCCCGCGCAGGAGACGGCGGCGGCGCCCCGGGGUGCGCCGCCCGGCGGCGGGCCCGCAGAGGAGCCCGACCUGGUGAUCGAGGUGGCCGGGCGCCGCCUCCAGGCGCACAAAGCUGUGCUGGCCGCCAAGAGCGACUACUUCAGGGCGCGCUCGUCGCGGGAGAUCCUGCGCAUCAAGGGGGUGAGCUACGCGGCGCUGCGGCUGCUGGUGGACUACCUGUACAGCGGGCGAAUGGGGGACGUGCGGCAGGACAACGUCGCCGAGGUGGUGGCCGGCGCGCGCUUCCUGCAGAUGCCCUGCGCGGUGCAGUGCGCCAUGGACGCCAUGAGGACGCAGAUCACCUUGGCCAACUGCUAUCAGGUGCUGAGCCUGGCCAAGCAGCAGCGGCUUGGCGAGCUCCGGGAGGCCGCCUACCGCUUCAUGAGCGACCACUACCUCGAGGUGCUGCGCGAGCCGGCCGUCUAUGGCCGCCUGACCGGCGCCGAGAGAGACCUCAUCCUGCAGCGCAGACUGCAGGGCGGACGCGGCUGCCUCCUGGCGGCCGAGAUCAACGACGUCUUCGAGCGCGUGGGGAGCCGGCCGCAGACCCCCUCGGAGGACGAGGACGGCCACAGCGACUCAGUCAUCUACUACUACCAGGAAGCGGACAAGGAGUGGCGGGUCCUGACCCGGCUGCCCGAGGGGGCCAACGCCAAGGGCUGUGCCAUGUGCGUGCUCUACAACUACCUCUUCCUGGCCGGGGGCAUCCUGCAGGGCGGCCCCGAGGGGCGGGCCCGCCUUUCGGACAAGGUCUUCUGCUACAACCCGGUGACGGACAGUUGGAGCACUGUGCGACCCCUGGGCCAGGCUCGCUCGCAGCUCAAGCUGUUGGCCCUGGACGGCUACCUGUACGCGGUGGGCGGCGAGUGCCUGUUCAGUGUGGAGCGCUACGACCCGCGCACCGACCGCUGGACCUCCGUGGCCCCACUCCCUAAGGGAGCCUUCGCUGUGGCCCACGAGGCCACCACUUGCAACGGGGAGAUUUAUGUGUCUGGGGGGUCGCUCUUUUACCGUCUACUCAAGUAUGACCCUCGGCGCGAUGAGUGGCAGGAGUGCCCGUGCAGCAGUAGCCGCAAGAGGUCCGCUGACAUGGUGGCCCUCAAGGGCUUCAUCUAUCGCUUCGACCUUUGCGGGGGCCGCGGGGACCUUCAGGCAGUGGCUGGUCCAAGCGGAGGAGUCAAUGUCUUUCGCUACCACUGCCUGGCCAAGCAGUGGAGUCAGUGUGCCUCGAACCUGCGGCCCCCAGGUGGCCUCUCGGGUCUGCAGCCUUUCCGCUGUGCAGCCUUGGAUGGAACCAUCUACUGUGUGAACCGUGCUGGCACCUGGCGCUUCGUGCUCUCCCAGGACCGGGAGGCUGGAGAGGAUGGGGGCCAGAAGGGCAACUUCGAGCCAGAGUUGCUCAAAGCCCCCUUCGAUGCCCGAGGUGUGCUUUUCCCUUUUGUGCUCACGUUACCGGAAAAGCCGGACAAAGGGGAACAGGGAACCGCAUAG